AGAGUGUGACAAAAAGACUAGAGCCAGAGAACAGGCGGAGAAAUAUGAUAUCUGGUGGUGGUCGUGACAUCUGACCGCCAGACGCUAGUCUCCAAUCGCCUUCUGUCUAUCUCUCUUUCUUCUUGCCUGUGGCAAUACUAACAAUAAUAACGAUUCGAGUUUCGCUGGCCAUGUCUGCAACGGCCGCCAUUGCCUUCACUCUUCUCAGUCCCACCCACUUGUCCACUAAAAACAACAGUAAAGUCCUAUUCAGCCCCCUACUCCCACCAAAUGUUAAAACCACAAUAUCUUUAAGGCGUUUCCUGUUCAGAGUCCAGUAUGGAUCGCCCAAACGAAGCUCCACAUUUACUGGGUUCAAGCCCUUUUCUCCUCCUGUCAUGGAGUGGCAGGAUUGCACGGUUAAAAGGGAUAUUGAUGUGCCUGUUGCUGUGGCUUAUAAGUGUUACUCAGACCGCGAAUCAAUUCCCCGUUGGAUGCCCUUUAUUUCGUCGGUAAAGGUACUGGAAGACAAGCCCGACCUAUCGCGAUGGUCACUCAAGUAUAAAGCAUUUGGUCGUGAUAUUGAAUUCUCUUGGCUUGCUAGAAAUAUGCAGCCAAUCCCAAAUCAGAAAAUUCAUUGGAGAUCUCUGGAAGGUCUUCCUAACAGAGGUGCUGUUCGAUUCUUUCCUAAGGGUCCUUCAUCAUGUACAGUAGAGCUAACUGUUUCUUACGAGGUUCCUCAACUUUUGGUUCCAGUUGCAACAGCUUUGCUACCUUUCCUUGAGAGCUUACUUGUACGUGGUCUGGAAAGAUUUGCAACAUUUGCGGAAAGCUCUUUGGCAGACUGAAACCUAUGCUUUCAGCUGGAUAACCAAAUUUCGAUAAUUGGUAAUUUUCAACAACUAUUUUAAUGUGCGAAGUCUUGAAAUGAAAUAUAGUCCUUUUUGCACUAGAAUUUUGCUGUUUUAAAAGAAAAAGAAAAAAAAUUGCAAUCACUGUUGCGUAGAGAAACAGAGUUCUUGAUUUAUUAUCAAUUGUACUCGCUAGUAUUUUACAUGCAUGAAUUUGCCAUUGGUUGGCUUGUCUUAAAGAAAUUCCAUUUGUUACUUGGGAA